GCAAAAAAACCGGCCCCUGGGAGAGGAUAACGUAAUUCUAACAUGAGUUUGAUUGGUCAUGUUCUUCCUCCUCCGCUUCCUACAGUCUCCAGGAACCCAACUCCGAAAAGUUGUCCUCAACACUUCAAGUUUGCAAAAUUUAGUCUACAGAAUCCAGCCCUAAAACCCAUUCUCUUCACUAAUCUCGUCUCCUUAGCCCUCACUUUCACCUUAAACUCGCCAUUACCUUCCUUGGCUAUCCCUUCUCCCAAUUCUUUGUCUCCCCUACUUCCCCCCACAACUCCGUUUUCUGAAUCCAAGAAUUUGCCGAUUGGACUAGAAGAUGGGAAAAUUAGGCCUUGCCCAUCCAUUAAUCCAAGUUGUGUAUCGACAAAUCCUAAAUCUUCAUCAUUUGCAUUCCCAUUGAGAAUUCCUGACAGUACUACAGAGAACGCAAUUCAGAAAUUGCAGGAAGCAAUCCUGAAAACGCAGAAAAAUCCCAAGAUUCGAGUCAUUGAAGAUACCCCAUAUGGCCAAUAUUUACAAGCAGAGGUCGACGGAGGAUUUGGGCAGGAUGUGCUUGAAUUUUUAGUAAAAGGAGAUGUGGUUGCUUAUAGGUGUAUGGCCACAAAAGUCACCUAUGUGUAUCCAUUCACCACAGCCUUUGGAGAUUCUAAAGGACAGGAAGAAAGAAUGAAGAAAAUCAUAGAUCAAUUAGACUGGUAUGCUCCAAGUUUUGAAUCUAUGGAUUAGAUUUAAUAUUACAUUGCCUUUGGAAAGAGAUAGUAGCUUUAAGUCCUCCUUCACUUGCAGCGCACUCAUCGGCUGUGCUGCUAUUUUAGUGCCACUCGUUGUUUCUGAUUUGCUGUAUAACUAUGUCUUAGAUUUGAAUUAGAUAAUUGAAGCUCCAUGAUUUGUCUUUUUAUUGCGCUUCGUCAAUUGGGAAUGUUGUCAAGUCUGUGGAAAACCAAUGGCAGCAACCAUUGUUUCAGCAACAUUGAUCCACAAACAAUUUGUAAACUGAAUAAUCAAUAAAUCAUUAAUUCUUCCUA